ACAUUGAAACUCAAAUGUUUGCAAGAUUUAGUUAUACAAUUGAUGGACUGGAUAUCAAAAAUGAUAAGUGGAAUAAAUAUAAAAGAUUACUUAUGAAGUAUCCGAAUCUCAAACAUCUUUCGUUGAGGGGCUUUUGGAAAUUAAUAGAUGAAUAUAUCGAGCAAUUGGUUCACAUUUUACCCAAUUUAGUGCUAUUGGAUGUUAGGGAGUGUGACGGAGUCACUCAAGAAGCUGCCGAUUAUGUUAAAGACUAUUGUAAAAGAUAUGGACGAUCAAUCAAAUUUUACUUCGAUGGGAAUGAACAUGAAAUCGAAUCAGAUUUGCCUCAAUUGUCCAUUAAACACGAAACAAUGAGUCGAGGCUUUGAUUUCAUGAAAAAUUGCUU